AUGAAGACCCAAGUGUGGGUCACGCCGGCACCCCUGUUUUUUAUUCUUGUCUGGGGGGAGGGCUGGUUAAAAAGAGGACAGCAGAGAAGAGGGUGGGAGCCAGGUGUGAACUGGGGUGCACUUCUGCUGCUCAUGGCUUUUCAGUCCUCCUCCCAUGGGGGGGUCCUGCAGGGUGUUCUGCCUUGGAUGCCGGGGGGGGGGGUGCUGUGUAUUUUUGUGGCUGCUGUAUAGUUCCCAGUGCCCCCCUGCCCCCUCCCCAUUUACUUAUGAGCUAUGAAGAAGGGAGGGGGGGAGUUUCUUAUUUAUUUAUUGCAUUUUUGUCUCACCUUUCUCCAAGGAGCUCAAGGUGGGAUACACAGUUCUCUUCAUUUAAUCCCCACAACAACCCAAUGGGGCAGGGUUGGGCUGAGAGGCGGGGACUGGCCCAAGUUCACUGGGUGAGCUUCAUGGCCAAGUGGGAGGACUUGAACCCGGGUCUCUCCCAGGCGCUAGCCUGACGCUCUAACCAUUAUACCACACCGGCUCGACUCAACGUCCCUGAGGAGAAGGCUCAGCAGAUUUCUUGGGGCAGGCAGUUCCCCAGGUGCAGUGCUGAAAACGCCACCGUGCGCCUUCUCGGCCAGAGCAUCUCGGGUGGGCAUGUGGUGGCGAAGGAGCCAGUCGUAACUGGGUUGCAUUGCUGCAGGCUCCCUUGGGAGGAGAGUCUGGACGCUUCAGGCAGCGCAGAAUUCUGGCCCCAGGAUGUUGGCCUGAGCUGCGUCUGCAGAGCUGGCAACUUCCUUGCUGCUCUGUCCCCAACCGUGCCAGAUUCGCCUUUGGCAGGGAUGCUGGGCAGGCUUUGGAGCUGCCUCCUUCUGGCCUGCUCCCUGCGCCUUCGGGGGCUUUUCCAAGGGUGCUGAGGCUGCUUUUUGUGAUUGUUUUGCUGCCGAUGUUGCUGGGUUGCUUCCCUUCUCUCCCUGGUCUCUGUAAGUGCUUUUUCAUCGCUCCUUGUGGUGCUUUGCAGGUUGUUUGUUAGCCAUCCUGGGGAGAAGAGAGUUUGAAAUAGAAACAAAUCAGAUCUGAGCAGACAGGAUCUUGGUUUUGUGCAGCCAGCACUUUGAACUGGACCCAGAAAUGAACCGGAUGCCAGUGAAGCCGAUACUUCAUGCUCUAAAAAUCUGUAUGACUUUGGAAGAACCGUGCAAAUGUAGGUUUGAUGCCAGGGGUGGAGCCUUACAGGUCCCUGAGCAUCUUGGGCAUUUCUGGCCCUUCAGUAUCCCUGUUCCAAGGGCUGAGUGCCAGGUGAUCAGAACAUCGGCCUCCACACCACCCAACCCACAUGCUCAGAUCAGUGCUGGAGGCCCUGCUUGCCGUCCCCCCAAGGACGUGAAUUAGAGACAGGGCCUUCUCCGCAGUGGCCUCUCGUUUCCCUCUUCAGUUGCGGUGUUUUAGGUGGGAUUGAAACCCCGCCUGUGUUGUGUGGCUUUUAAUGGUUGCACUUGAUGAACAGUGUCGUUCUGGAAAUGUUUCUUAUAGGGCUGGACUGUAUUUCACUGGAUUGAUGGGCUGGUGGGGUUUUGUAUUUUACAAGUGUAGUUAACCGGUAUUAUUUUUGAUGGUCAGAGCCAUUUUGACCGUCUGCACAUGCGCAAGCGGCGAAACCCGGAAGUAACACACUCUGUUACUUCUGGGUCGCCGCAGCGCGCAACCCGAAAAUACUUAUCCCAAAGCUACUUCAACCCGAGAUAUGACUGUAAGUAGCAAUAGCAGCCGUCCGUAGGCUUGAGAAAGGACGGGUGGUGCCUGGUCAAAUGUCUAAGUCCUGAGCUGGAUUUUGUGGCUAGGGGCUGCCUCUUGGAAGGGGGUGGGCUCUGCUCAGAACCUUGUUCCUCUCCCGGCUUUCAUUUCCCCAGGUCUUUUCCGCCCUCUGCAUUCUGCCCUCCUUCCUCUCACACCCAUCUUUGUAAAGAAAUCACACCAAAUUAUGUGAAAAAUGGGCUCUUAAAUUGUGGGAAUAUAUGUGAAUGUACUGUUUGGUUUGCACCAUGUGAGACUUCUGGGCGGAAGGGGAGGGCAUUCCCCCGGACCCCCGCUCAAUCUCGGGUGGGCUGCUGAGGGUGGUCUCCCUCUGCACUGCUUGAAGUUGCCAACCCUCUGUCUCUCCCCUCUGCAGCCGCGAAGUGGUGGGAGACCCGGCCGAGAUGUCGCAUGAGAAGAGCUUCCUGGUGUCUGGAGACCCCUUCCCUGGGCAGCAGCCGCCUGCGCCACCUGGCUAUGCCCAGCAGCCCUACCCAGUGGCUCCCUACCCGCAGCCCCAGCCGGUGGCAUACGGCCAGCCCGGAUACCCGCAGGGCCCCUACCCGGUUGCUGCACCCUACCCACAAGCGGCACCCUACCCCCAGGCACCCUACCCCCAGGCACCUUACCCCCAGGCGCCCUACCCGCAGGGGCCCUACCCACAGGGGCCCUAUCCACAGGGGCCCUACGCCCAGCCGCAUCCUGGAGUCGCUGUGGACCCAGACUGUAAGUAGCCCGCUUGCCCGCCCUGCUGCAAUGGUGGGGGGCAGGAAGGGGGGCUGUGGGGUCUCUGCUGGGGUGGCAGAAGAGCUGCUCCUGUGAGCCAGGGGCAAGACCACCUGGCCCUUGCAGGCAGGGAGCACUCUCCCGCCUUGUGGCUGCUUCCGUGGGGAGCUGGGCUGCCCCCAAGGAGCCUGAGCAGUGUUCCCUAGGGGGCGCUGCUCUGUGGCCCCCUCCUCAGUCUCCUCUCCUCUUCUCUUGCUGCACUUGUGCCCCCCAGCUGGAGCCAGGCGCCCUGUUUAUGUGGUAUGGAGAGGAGGCACCGCAGACUCUAGGAUUGGUGAGCGCCCUCAUCACCCCUGCCACGGGCUGGUUGAGGGGGCAGGAGGAAGAGGAGCUGCUGUUGCUCCCUCUGGAAUCUGUAGGGAGAGCCGCCGGGUGGGGAGCCCCUGCCUGACUGGCUGCGCUGCUUCUCGUCCCCAGCGCCCGUGCACAGCAACUACCAUGAGGAUGGGCCGCCCUCCUACUAUGACAACCCGGAUUUCCCCCCCACCAACUGGGAGGACAAGACCAUCCGCCAGGCCUUCAUUCGCAAGGUGAGUCGGGCUGUGGGUGUGCAGGGGCUGUGGGGCUCCUGCCCUUCUCCCUCCCUCCCUCCUUCUGCCUCUGGCCCUGGCAAUGGGGUGCAGUCAGUGUGGUGGAGUGGUUAAGAGUGGUGGACUCGUAAUUUGGGGAACCGGGUUCGCGUCUCCGCUCCUCCACCUGCAGCUGCUGGGUGACCUUGGGCCAGUCACACUUCUCUGAAGUCUCUCAGCCCCACUCACCUCACAUCGAGUGUUUGUUGUGAGGAGGAAGGGAAAGGAGAAUGUUAGCCGCUUUGAGACUCCUUCGGGGAGUGAUAAAUCAGGAUAUCAAAUCCAAACUCCUCCUCUUCAGUCCAGUCCAAGUGUGGCAGGAAGCCCUGGAAGUGCUGUGGCUGCUGGUGGAGGAGGAGGGGGGGCUGGCAGGGCGCAGACCCUCAUUGGCAGGGAAUGGUCAGACCCCCGAGAAGCUGGAUCUGAUAAUGAUUGGGGUUUCUUUGCAUGCCACUUUCCCUUAGUUAAAACUGCAAUCAAGGCAGCUCACAACAUGAAGAGAGUCACAUAAUUCCAAAAACGGAACAAUAGUAGGCAAUGAAUAAAAGCAUAUCACAACAUACACAGCCAAACUAAGUCAUUACUGUUGACAUCCAUUUGUCUCGGGAGACAAUGGAGGAGCCCACCUUUGGGGGUGAUGUCACUCCGUUGGAGACCGAUACGGGAGAGACAUGUUUUGCUGCGUCUGGGGCAGAGGAAGACGUCUGGUUGUUGUGCUGCUGCAGAUGCCAGGGGGCCUUUCUUCUCUCUGCGCUCCCCCCAGCGGCCAUUCCUCCUCUGGUCACUGCUGUGGAUGCAGGACCCGGCUGUCUCCAGGCACUGCGCUCGUCUGCAAAGGAUUCUCACGGGGCGGAGCUGAUGGUGCUGCCAGCCUUCAUUUGAGACACAAGGUCUAAAACUAAUACCAAAAAUGGGAAACGAGCGAGGACCCAACCAAAGAAGAACGGCAACUUACCAUAUUUUUCACCCUAUAGGACGCACUUUUUCCCCUCCAAAAAUGAAGGGGAAAUCUGUGUGCGUCCUAUGGGGCGAAUACAGGCUUUCGCUGAAGCUUGGAGACUGAGAGGGGUCGGUGCACACCGACCCCUCUCGCUCUCCAGGCUUCAGGAAGCUAUGAGCAAGCCUGGGGAGCCCGCGGGAGUUCCCACAGGGCUCCCUAGGCUGCGGAUAGCAGCCUGCCGCCCGGCGCGCAGGGCGCUCUGCUUCAGGGCAGACAUCAGCCAGCCCCACAAGCUCGGGGGACAGCGGGGAGGCGGAGUGCCGCCAUACCGCUGUUCCCCGACCUGGUUUGGAGGCUGGCGCUGGGGAGAAGCGCGCUUCUCCCCAGUGCCAGCCCCACAAGCUUGGGGGACAACGGGGAGGCGGAGUGCCGCCAUACCGCUGUUCCCUGACCUGGUUUGGUUUCCCCGACCUGGUUUUUGGGGGGAAAUAAAGGGAAAAAAUUUUCCUUUAUUUCCCCCCCAAAAAACUAGGUGCGUCCUAUGGGACGGAGCGUCCUAUGGGACGAAAAAUACGGUAAGUUGACAGAAUAUGCACAACUUGCAGACUUAUAUAGAAUAAGAGAACAAGAAGAACACGUUUAAAGAAGAUUGGGAAACGUUUGUUGAAUAUAUGGGAAAUAAUUCUGUACAGCUGAAAACACCGGCAGCAUUAAGAUAAAUUCAACAGUGUAAAUAAGUUUUGAUGGAUGCAAUAAUGGAAUACUGAAUGGUGUAGUUUUCGUAAAAUAUGCAGGGAUUUAUGAUAUGUAAAAUGAACCGUGGAAAGAGAAGAAGUCAUUGAUAUCUCAAGGGUGUAAAAUUAGUAUUUUAAAUUGUAAAACAGAAAAUUAAAUUUAAAAUUUAUACACACACACACACACACACACACACACACACACGGCCUAGGACGCACGUACCUACAGGACCGCCUCUCCUGGUCUGCCCCGCGGAGGACCUUAAGGUCCACAAAUGACAACACUUUGGAGGUCCCAGGUUGCAAGGUAGUUAGAUUGGUCUCAACUAGGGCCAGGGCCUUUUCAGUACUGGCCCUGACUUGGUGGAACACUCUGUCCCAAAAGACCAGGGCCCUGUGGGACUUGACAUCUUUCCGCAGGGCCUGCAAGACAGCGCAGUUCCGCCUGGCCGUUGGUUUGGACUCAGUCUGACCCUUAUGUUUCCCUCCCCUUAUGGUCUUGAUCUAUGGGCUACUAUUAAAAUGAGGCUGCAUUUUAAAUUGUAUUUUAACCUGUAUUUUAAAUUGGUCCCCCCCCCAUUAUGUUUUUAUUGUAAUUUUACUGGUGUGUGCCGCCCUGAGCCUGGCUCUGGCUGGGGAGGGCAGAGUAUAAAUAAAAUUUUAUUAUUAUUAUUAAUCUAUCUAAUACCAGAAAUCAGUAUCAAUAACAGCAAAAUUAGCAUCUCCAGUAUUAAAUCUUGACACCAGCAGAAGCCCCUGAGCAAUGACCGUAGGUGGUCCAUGCAGUCCAGCUCCCUGCCUCCCGCAAGGGGCAGGAGGCACUGAAGCAGCUGCUGCCGGGGGGGGCACUCACCAUGUUUUGGGCGCUGCCUGCUCUGCCCCCCCGAGUGGCUCUGGCUGGCGUGACGGAGGCUGCCUUUGUCCCCCUGCAGGUGUUCCUGGUGCUGACCAUCCAGCUGUCGGUGACCUUUGCCUUUGUGGCCAUCUUCACCUUCGUGAAGGGUGUGAAGGGCUUUGUGCGGAGGAAUGUCUGGACCUACUACGUCUCCUACGUCUUCUUCUUCAUCUCCCUCAUCGUCCUCAGCUGCUGUGGGGAGUUCCGGCGCAAGCACCCCUGGAACCUCGUGGCCAUGGUAAGCAGGGCAGCGGGCAGGGGGCGCGUGGUCUCAGGGGGCGGCUGCUGCUGCCAUGGAUUGAAUUCUGAGUUGAAAAAGUCUUAGAAGCCUGCCUUGGCCUAGCCAGGCAGGCAGGCAGCAGAGAUGGCUGCCCCUUGACUCAGAUAGGGGGGGAUGUGGGGCCUGGAUUGAGGCUCACUGCUGAAGGCGCCUGCCUCUCCUCCUCCUCCUCAGUCCAUCCUGACCCUGAGCCUCUCCUACAUGGUGGGCAUGAUUGCCAGCUUCUACGACACGGACGCCGUCAUCAUGGCCGUGGGCAUCACGACCGUCGUCUGCUUCACUGUCGUGAUCUUCUCCCUGCAGGUUGGUGUGUCUGCUCUGCUCCCCUUCCCUUGGGGGGGGGGGCGACAAGAGGCACUGUUUCUCCCAGUGUGAGCGACUGGGUUGCCCAGAAGCACACCUUGGGCUGUUGGGUUGGCAUCCAGGGGGGCUGUGAAGCCAAAGAGGCCUUUGCUCUUCUGGAUUGUGGGUGGGUGGGGAUGGCAGAAUUGGCACCCAAGAGAUUCCAGGCAGCGAUGGCUGCGCAGGGGCUCCUUUCCUGGGGCUCUGCUUUGCUCCCUACGUCUUUGGACCCAAUGGCUUCUUGAUGCAGAAUAAGACCCUGCAAAGCAGGCUGAAGGGCCACAGGUCAGGCAGCUGGUCUCUGGCAGUGUGCUGGUUCCCCUGCUUGCCACCCUUGCCCAGGCUGCCAGGCCGCCAUGUCCUGCACUGGCCCCUUGAGGCAAACGGGCCCAUGAAGAGAUGGCGUUGGGGACCCUGGCAUGUGGGGCAGGGGGCCUGGGCUGUGGGGUGCUGCCUGACCUCUGUCCCGGGGCUCCUCUCCUCGCUUGCAGACCAAGUACGACUUCACCUCGUGCCGAGGGGUGCUGAUCGUCUGCCUGGUGGUCCUGUUCAUCUUCGCCAUCCUUUGCAUCUUCAUCCGGAACCGCAUCCUGCAGAUUGUCUAUGCCUCCCUGGGCGCCCUCCUCUUCACCUGCGUGAGUCUCCCCGCGAGCGCGGGCCCCGAAAUCCACCGGCCGGGCAGAAGGGUUUUGAGAAUUAAGGGGAAGGAAGGUGCCUCUGGGGCCCCUCCCUGUUCAGCCCAGGGAUCAAUAGCCAAUCUCUGUUCGCAAGGCCUUCUGUACAAAAGACAGCUCCUGGUUGUCCCUCCAGAUUUAGAGGAGAGCUUUUUAGCUCUUGCAGUUGUCAGGUAACAGGUAGUCGGAGCCUGCUGUCGAUCUGCUGCUGGCCACCCACCCAGAGAUCUGUCAGCAGAUCCUGAUCUGCCCAGCCCUAAGUUAGAGUCCCUGUGGAGCCCCUCCUUCUCCAUCCCCCCUUCACCCACCUGUGCUGCUGGAAAGAGCACCUGCCCGGCCCCCCCCUCUCUUCCUAGGAUGCUGAGGGUCUGAAGGCAGCUGAGACACCAUCCCAGGCCCAGCAAUGGAGGGGGGGGGUUCCAGAGGAAGCAGGCUGGGGGGCCUGGGGGCGGGGUGGGGCGCAGGCCCCUUGGGCUCUCCUGGGGCUUCUUGUGACCCCCGUGACCUGCUUUCUCCCUGCAGUUCCUGGCCAUGGACACCCAGAUGAUCAUAGGGAACAAACAGCUGGCCAUCAGCCCGGAGGAAUACAUCUUUGCGGCCCUCAACCUUUACACGGACAUUAUCAACAUCUUCCUCUACAUCCUGGCCAUCAUUGGGCGUGCCAAGGAGUAG